AUCUCGCGGGAGCUUCGCGGGGAAGUCUCGCAAUAUCUCGGCGCCCGGGCUGAGUAGGGAGAUCCAAGCAGGGAAGAGAGUCGAAAGCGGCGGCCGGUUGGCGUCGGCGAGCGCGAGGGGGACAUGGCCGGCUGGGGAGAAGGAGGUCCGGUGCACAUGGAUGAGGAGGAAGGAAAUACAGUGGUCUUCUCUAUUCUAAGAUCAUUCAACAACUACAUGUCACAUACUGUGGAAGAUACAUCUGAAUUGGCUACCACACAAGUGCCUCAAGGUUCUCUGCAGAUGCAGUAUGAGCAGAUGAUGAAGCGUGAAGAUCAGGCUGGGCAAAUACGUUCAGAGGCUCAGUUUUUGCAAAUGGAGCGGGAGAAAAUGCAAAUGGAACUGAGUCACAAAAGGGCUCGAAUUGAGCUUGAGAAGGAGGCUAAUGCAAAUGCAAGAAAUUUUGAGCGGGAGGCUGACCAUAACAAAGAGCUCCUCAAGCGUAUCAAGCAGUGUCAGGAAAGAGAAACUGAGACUGAAAAUAAGCUUCAAGAACAAAUUGAGAUUAACAAAUCCUGUCAGAAGCACACAGAGUCUCUGAAUAGGAAGUUGCAGGAGAAGGAGAAUAAGCUUGCUGAAGCUAAUGAAACAAUUAGUGUGUUGAAAGGAAAGAUAUCGGAGUUGCAGUGGAACUUAACAAAUCAGGAGAUGAAAAUGAAAACCUGUGAAUCGCAGAAGCAGGAGCUGACUGAACAGCUGGAUGUACUACAAAAAAAAUGGAGAGAGGCCAGUCAACAAAUUCAGUCUCUGCAUGCAAAGGAAGCACUGAUUGCUGAGAAGGAGCAGAAAGUUCAGGACCUGGAGCAAAAGCUCUCAUUGCAAGAACAAGAUGCUUUAAUUGUGAAGAACAUGAAGAUGGAGUUGGCACAAUUUCCCAAAAUGGAGCGGGAGCUGCGGGAGCUCAGGGAGGAGAAUGCUUACCUUAGGGAAAUAAAAGAAAACAAUGGAUUGCUCAAAGAGGAGGUAGAAGGUCUCCAGAGGAAACUAGUGCGCUAUGAAAAGGUCCAGGCAGAAAUGGUAGCCUUGGAAUUGGAGAAGGAGAGACUUCAGGGAAAGCUGAAUACUUGGGAGAAACUGGACCAGAGCACUGGCUUAGAUAUCAAGAGCCCUGAUGAUCUCUCCAGGCACAUCAUUGCCCUGCAGCAACGUGAACUUGUUCUGAAAGAACAGAAUUCUGCCAUCUCGAGCAGUGCUAGACUAUUAGAGAAGGCACGGAAGCAACUGCAAGACGAGUUGCUGAAGACCCAGAGCCAGCUACUGGAGGAGAAGAAAAAACGUGAGCAGCAUGAAUCUAUGGCCAGGUGCUUGCAAAAACGAGUGCAGCUGCUUAUAAAGGCACGUGAUGGAAUGAGAGGAAUUCUGGAUUCCUAUGACAGUGAGUUGAACCCAUCAGAACACACUCCUCAGCUGAACUUCCGUGUGCGGGAGGCAGAGGACAUGGUACAAAAAAUGCAAGCGCACUGUGGUGAAAUGGAGGUUCAGCUGUCCCAGACUUUAGAAGAAGCUGGGAAUCAGAAACAAAGAGCAGACCUGUUGGAGGCAGAGCUACAGGUGCUGAAGAGCCAGACGGGCGCCCAUCAUCAGAGUGUCUUCAUCACUAGAGAGGAGGUGAACGCGCUGAGAUUAAAGAUUGAAGAACUGGAGACUGAACGAAGCCAGUUGAAAGGGGAGAACAGAAACCUGGAGAUGAAGAUGGAACAGAUUACUCUUCAGGGCUAUCACGAUCCCAGUAAAACUAAAGUGCUCCACUUCAGCUUGAACCCAGCAAGCUUGGCUAAGCAGCAGCGUCUUGAGGAGCAAACGCAUCUGCGGGAGGAAUGCCAACGCUUGAGAGAGCUGGUCAGAGUACUGGAAGCAGGAGACUCUAUCCCAGAAAAACUUGAGGGGGCGGCAAGUCUCCAGUCAGCUCAAGAAAUUGCAGAACUAAAGAAACAAAUGGAGAGUGCCGAACUGAAAAACCAGCGCUUAAAAGAAGUUUUCCGGGCAAAGAUCCAGGAGUUUCGCAAAGUAUGCUACAAGCUGACCGGCUACCAGAUUGACAUGACUACAGAGAACCAGUACCGGCUCACCUCGGUUUAUGCUGAGCGCGGUGAAGACUGCUUGAUCUUUAAGGCAUCCAGAGCCCCCCAUGCGAAGAUGCAGCUACUGGAAACCGAGUUUUCACGGACAGUCCAAGAGCUGAUCGACCUCCACCUUCUGCAGCAGGACAGCAUCCCAGCCUUCCUCAGUGCUGUCACCCUCGACCUCUUCAGUCGCCAGACCGUGGCCUAGUCCGGCUUUGGCUGUGCUGUUUCUUCUCACCUAAGUUGAAAUUUUCCAGUUUCUGCCUUUAAUGGUUUCUCAAAGAAGGGGCCAAAGAGAUCUCCCCACCCCACUCUUCUUACUCAUAUUGGAUCUUGGUGGCCAAUGAUAGCUAGGGAAUGGGGGACAGCAUCUACUCACCUUCCCCCCCCCAAAAAAGAGUACAUGAGUACAUUUAUGAGGUUUCAGAGGGGUUAUGGAGAGCCCCUGCUGGCUGGUAAAGACACCCAAGCCAGAGAGAAUGAUUGUCUGGUUGCAGCCCAACUUGUUAGCUGGUAAAGGACAAAUGCAAAUAAGUGUCCAGUGAUCCUUCGGGUUUCUUUAAUAUCCGGACCCCUGAGCACACGUCCUGCUCUGAGGCUGUCCUUUCUCCCCCUUUGGCCCCAAGGCUUCUCUGACAGUAUCUGAAAUCCAAGGACUGGGAGGGAAUGCUUUGUGCUGC